AUUGCGGACCGGUGACUGGUCCAUGUCACCAGCCAUUUUCUCGUAGAUUGUAAUGGAAAUACAGAGCAUUUAGCUAGCUUUUGGCUAUAUCUGGUCUUAAAUAGGGUUUCAUUCUAAAAUUACAACCUGUUAUAUUGCGGUGUUUUAGUGUGCUUAUCCUCGCUUUAGCUAACGUUAGCCUGGCUAACGGUAGCCUGACGCGUGUCGUGGACGAAGGUUGACAAAAUGUCAAGACCACGGUCGAGAUCACCACAUUACAGGAGGUUGCCAUGGGAGGAACCUGACUUUGAUCCUUACAAAGUCCUUGCAGAACUGGAUGGAGAUCGGUUGGACAGGACCCACCACCUCAGAGAACAUCCCGAAGAACACUUGGAUUACUUCAGGGAAGAUGUGUACUCAGAAGGUCACAGAAGAUCCCCUCCUCUCUCAGAUGACCGCCACUUUUGGCAUCAGCAUCAUCCAAACCAAGAAAAAUUUGAAAGCAGGAGGCUAUCGCCUCAUCAUGAUGCGAUGGGCUAUGAUGGCCGAAGGCCUUCUCCACGGCGUGAUAGAGGAGGAGAUGGAGAUGGACGAGGAGGGUUGAGAGAACACUUCCAGAGUUUUGAAAGCAGGGGGAGGUCGCCCCACUCGCCUCUGAGGUUGACAAGGGAAGAAUUGCCCCCGACGCCAAGGUCUCAUUCAGACCACCAACAGAGUGAGCCUGGAAUAGGCUGGAGGAGAGCAGAGCAGGGCAGAGAUCGUGGGAGGUUCAGGGACCUUAGUCCCAGUGUGAGAUCAGAUGACCAAAGAGGGGAAGUGGGUAGGGAAAGAGGAAGGAGGAACACACAGGGUCCUAAUAGAGACAGACGAAGAGAGGAUUUACAUCAAGAGAGGAACCCUCCUGCUAAAAGGCAAAGAAGAGAAAUGGAAGACAACAAUUACCUUGGGUACAGGAAUGAGGAGGAUUUUGGGGAACAGCGUUACUCAUUGGACAAACCCAGAGAUGGGUUUGGAGGAGGCACUGAGGGGAUCCUCCCCCGUGGAGACAUUCGGCCCUCAGGACCACUCAUCAUUGAACAUGAUCAUGGCAUCACACACAGCAGAGAGCUGCCACGGUGGGAACAAUUUGACCAUCGCAGAGAUCGUGAUCCUGACUUUGAUCGACAGAGUAGUCCCCGUCCAAUGAGGUCCUCUCAGGAACGUUUCAGGGCGUCAGACGGCAGGUUGGAUGAUUGGGAAGUAUCAAGAGGACAGCGUUUUCAAGAUAACUGGAGAGACUCCAACCAUCAUGAAACUAGGAGGAGUCCGACACCACAAGAUAGACCAAACCCCGUGAGAUAUCGUAAUCGCAAUGGCCCCGUGAACCAUAGGGGGAGGGGCGGUCUCCACCCAGAAAGAGGGCGGGUCAGUCAUGGUCAAGGUGGAAGGACUGGACCGCAUAGGAAACAACCUCGCUUGCAGCAAUCCUCCCAGGGAUCCCAAGAUCUUCCUCAUGAAGAGCAAGGACCAGGGUACCGACCCUUCAGGGAUUGUUACGAAGAGCCCAUCGAAGCGAAGGUCGACUGGGCAGAAGAAACGAGGCCUCAGCAGUGGAAACAUGACAGGCCUGGAAAUCUGGUCCGACGUCCGCCGAAGAUUGACUUGGAUCCUAAAAUGCCCCGUCAGAGGAUGUGCAGAUGGAACAAUCAGAAGACCGAUGACAUGACCGUUGUAACGGAGGAAACGCUAACCAUCAAAGUGGACAUGAGCCGACCCGUAAACCAAAACAGCUCGCUGUGUUACUCCUCAGACAGACAGCUCUCUUUAGACCUGGUCAAUGUGGGUCGUCAGCGUCUCGACUUCCUGCCCAUGCUGGAGCACUCCGGGACGUACCGUGAGACCGCCAUGCACACUGGGACUUUUGCCCAGGAGAUCAUCACACUGGUGCAUCAUGUCAAAGAGCAGUACUUCAGAGAUGCUGGGCUCACCCUGAAUGAGCGUUUCUCAGCUCCGCAGAAAGGCGGCUACUCUGAAGAUGAGACGGAGGAGCUGACGCUGGACGAGAGGUUCAGUUCGAACCGAGGCUUCAGCUUAAACAUGAGCUCGCUGCUGGACGACGACGACGACGAGCCUUUGUUCUCCAGACUGGGACCCCUGCAGCCGGUGCGAGGCCCGGGCGACCUGAGGCACGACCUGGAAAGGAGGAGGCAGGAGAGGCUGGAGGGGGUUAAAGUCACAAUAUCAGGGAACAGUAUGUCCCAGCACCACCUGGGUCCAGUCAGUGAGCUGGGUCUAGAGUACAGCGCCAAGGACGACAUGGCUCUGAUGGAGGACGAAGGAUCGUCCAGCUGGCCCGAGGAGCAAAGCGGGAGACGAGAAGGCAACACGGGACCAAGGAGAGGAGCCCCAUACAGACCGAACACCCAUCGCAGGAACAAUCGCUUCGGUAACCGGCUCGGACCAGUGAGGCGACAGAACAACCGCAGCAACCCUGCAGGUCAUUACUGGUGAGGGGACAUUGGAAACCUAUCCCGUUUGGAUGAUGCUGAUCUGUUGAUGACUUUUAACGCUACUCUUAAAAACCAGCCAAUUAAAAGGAAGUAUUUUGUCUUUUACUCGGUUCAGAUUGUGUCCGUGUUGAUUUGGGCGAACGGCGCGAUUUUGUUGCUCUGUUAAACUGAAUGUGAGACAUCCUGGAGCCUCUGUUCACGCCUGUUCUGUCCUUCCAUCUUUGUUUGUUUGUGUCCUUCUGUUAUUGAUGUCUUUAUUUUCACGUUUCACACUUUGUAGAUAUGGGGUCUUGAUUUAAAACAAUAUUUGUAAUCGGGAUGAUGUUGGUUUGAACGUCUACAGCUGUGACACUCCGUGGUCGUGACGGUACACGCAUUCGUUUCCUCCUCCUCCCGUUAGCAGUGAAGUUCGUCACCUGCGACGGUUCAGCUGCAGAUUAGUUCAUUAAUAUUAAUGUUGAUUCCUGCUGUUUUCUUCUGACUCACUUUUAUCAAUCCUCUGUAUAUGAAGCGCAGUGUUACACCAGCCUUUCUGUCAGUCAUGACAGUGCUGCUGAACAAAUAAAACAUUUGUCUUUUUAA